GCCGAAUGGUGACGCGGAUUGGUCGAUAUAGUUAUUUCGUGGUAAUUUUCCUCGCGAGUCCGCUCUCGCGUGACGGCGCGCGGCGAACCGGAGUCUUUCAAAAGGCACACGUCUUCUCAAAUGCGGGCGGGCAGAGGCGCAUGACAGGUGCGCGGCACGUUAUCCGCACGUAUGGUUUAAACGGACAGUCGCGUAUAGCGGGGGAAAGCGGGCCUUUCCUCCUGGGCGCUGUAUCAGCUGUGUGUAGCCCCGUGGACCACGCGCAUCCUCCUUGGGACCUCCUCCGAACGUGAGAUUGACGUGUACCUGUUCACGUGUGUAAUAUACCCGCAAUUAAGUAUGUCUUGUCACCUCGCGAAGAAGUGCGCUAGCGCGAAUAAUCUCUGUCACGCGUUGACGCGUGUACGACCUAUGAUUUGCAUUCAGAGAUACAGCUACGCUCGCGAUAUAGACAUAAACUUGAGCGGCGGACCGGUCAGCGUUCUGAAGCAGAAAAUAGCGAGGGGCGAGCUGGCGAGCGAUGCGUACCAGAUGAAAGUGGCGCAGACCCUGCAGAGAAUUUACCAAGAGGUACACGAUUACAAGCCGCAGCAGUUGAAUCUGUUGGAAAAAUGGUUUGGCAGCAAGCGGAGGGAUGCGCCGAAAGGGUUGUACAUUCACGGAGCGGUGGGUGGAGGUAAAACAAUGUUGAUGGACCUAUUUUACAAUUGUUGCCAGAUUGAAAAUAAAAAAAGGUUCCAUUUUCAUUCCUUCAUGUUGGACGUGCAUAGUAGGGUGCACGAGGUGAAGAAGACCAUUGUACGAGAUGUCACUAGCACCAAGCUACAACCUUUUGACCCGAUACCUCCGGUAGCCUCCGGCAUUGCAGAAGAGACUUGGCUGCUGUGCUUCGAUGAAUUUCAGGUGACGGACAUCGCGGACGCGAUGAUACUGAAGCGACUGUUCACGGAGCUGUUCGACAACGGCGUGAUAGUGAUCGCGACCAGUAACAGAUCGCCAGACGAUUUGUAUAAGAACGGGCUGCAGAGAGGAAAUUUCGUACCGUUUAUAAAAGUGCUGAAAGAUCAUUGCUUGGUCAGCAACUUGGACUCUGGGAUAGAUUACAGAUUGAAAUCGGGAUCCGGAAAUAAGAAGAUAUACUUCACAAAAGGCAAGGACGCCACGAACGACGUGGAUAAGGUCUUCAAGUACCUGUGCUCCAUGGAGAACGAUGUGGUACGACCACGUACGAUCUCCAUAAGGGGACGCAACGUCACUUUUCGGAAAACCUGCGGGCAGGUGUUGGAUUCCACAUUCGAGGAAUUAUGCGACAGGCCUCUCGGAGCGAGCGACUAUUUGCAAUUGAGUCAAGUGUUUCAUACUGUCAUAAUAAGGGACGUGCCUCAGUUGAACCUACGACUUAAGUCUCAAGCCAGGCGAUUUAUUACUCUUAUUGAUACAUUGUACGAUAAUAGGGUACGGGUAGUUAUGUCGGCAGCUGUACCACACACGCAAUUAUUUUUAUCGGAAAGCGAAUCCGAAUACUCCGAAUACACCGAUGAGAAAAGAAUGCUGAUGGACGAUUUGAAGAUUUCGCAUGGCUCGGAGGACCACAAGGCAAGCAUCUUUACUGGCGAAGAGGAAAUCUUCGCGUUCGACCGUACCGUGUCGCGACUGUCCGAGAUGCAGACCUCACAGUAUUGGGAGCAAUGGGAGCACCACAGAUAAUGAUAGUUUUAAAACUAGCGCAAAUAGAUUUGUAUAGAUCUGUAUUAAUUCAUCUAUUUAAGGCUAACGAAGUUGUUAGUAUUGACGAUUGUAAUUUUUACAGAACGAUCUCUUGCGCGGGCAGUUACUUAAACUUUCGUCCGGCGCGCGCGUUUCGCUCGCGGCGUAACUUUCGCGCUUUCUCAGUAUUUUGUCUCGUAAAUUAUUUUCUUGGGGACAAAAGCUCCUCGGGUUACCUAUGAUAUUAUUUAUAUGAUUAUUUAUGAGCAUAAAAUCAUACGUGCCGAUUGCCGAGCCGUAAUACAAAUACGUAUGUUUGUAUGAUACAAAUUGUAUCUGUGCGUGUACAUAUGUAAAAGUUUCAAUUACAUGAAAUUUUGCACUCAUGA